AUGGAUACAAUCAUGAAGGAUACAAUCAUGAAAGACACAAACGAUGCUGCUAAACAACGCUUUCGUCACACAAGUAUUUUGAAUGAAGCUGUAGCUGCUCCAAAAACUGCUAUUACCUUUACACAAAUCGUUGAAAUUUCUUCAGAUGAUGGAUCUUCUGAAGAAUCUAGUAAUGGCGGUAAUGAUCGGGAGAGUGUUGACAAGCAACAGAUCAAUAAUGCAAAGCAAUCUGAUGAGAAGCAACAUGGUAAAGCAGAUGACCUGACACCUGUUGAAGGGUUUGCGGAUAAACGGGCAAUAAGAUCCUACCCAAGAGUUCAAGGGGGAAAGAUCUCAAAGACAACCAAGGAUGGAACAACUGUCCAAAAGGUCGUUCUUUGUCGUCCAGAUUCGUCUGUUGUACCAACUAGACCAGAUCAACUUCAUCUUCCAAAACCCCAAUGCAAGGACGCUAAAUCAGGUCGAGGCCAAAUACCUGGAUAUUAUGGAUCAAGAGGAUUAAAAAGAGCCCAUUAUUCUGACAAAAGCUUACGUUCGGAGGUCCGUCCAAGAUUCAAAGACAAUCCUCAUGGUCACUAUUCCCAGCGAAAGUCGAAUCUCCCUUAUUUGCCCUUCAUACUUCAAAUAACAAUACUCCGAUCUUUGCAAACUGCACUAGAGUCAAUGUGCUAUCGAUUCGUACAAAAGUGGCUUCCUAAUAUGCUGAAUGCGAACACGUGGGAAUGCCCCGAAAAUGUCGAGUUGAACUUAUGGUGGGGCGCAAUGAACGAAUGUCAGAUACCAGUUGAAGCCAUUGGUCGUCAAGCACGUUUUUCUCUUAAUUCCCUCUUCUUACGGGUGAGCGGGAUACGCCAUCUUGCGGUACAUAGACUUACACAGGUCGCAAUCGACAGUAUCAAGGCAAUGAUUGAAGAUGCUCUGGAAAUCGCACACAUAUUUCGAGACGAUAUUUUCGUUCCAGAGUUCGAACUCUGGAAAGAGAAGCUCGAUUAUUGUUUGGAGGUUGAUCGGAAGGCAUCUGGUAUGCCAAUCAUGGUCCGUCGGCUCGAUGCUAUCAAAACCAUGAGAGAGGACAAUGCGAGCUGUCAGGAUAAGCUCCAGAAAGAAAUUUUUGCGCUCAGAGCCGAACUUCUGGAAAAAGAACAGAAAGUUGCGCGGCUACACGGAGAGUAUAUAGCCCUUGGGGUAAGUGAAACAGAUACCAUAGAACUUGCUCACAAUGGCGGCAAGCUCAGCGACGAGGAAGUUAAACAUCUUGGGGAUUUCAAAUCGCUUGAAGAAUGCUUUACGCUGAAUUUUGACAGGAAUGCACCUAAUCCUGAGCCAGCAGAAAACUUCUCGGGCAACCUUAUUAUGUUGUCACGAGUCGGUUCUCCGCCUAGGCCGGGUAGCGGUGGUGGUCCUAUGGCGAACUGGGGUACUAGGCUUGAUAAAAAUGCUAGGCUCAUGCGUGGAAACAGUAGGGUAGAUACAAACGGGCCCAUAAACAGUCAGUCUAGUAUCCAUAAGCCCACUGUCUCUCACGGAACUGGUAUCAAUGCUCUGCUAUUGAGACCUGAACCUAUUGCUAGGAAUGCUUAUGGUACCCCGAUGAACAUAACUGACAACCCUGGUUCAGACGAAAGAACUGCCAGUGGUUCAGUCUCUAAAUCGCAUACCGAACAGCCAAAUCCUGCUACAGCGGUCGUUGUUGAUCUUACAGAAGACGAUGAUGACGUUAUGGUUGAGUAG